CCACACACCGCCUGCUGCCUCGCGCGUUUCGGACGAUGCCGCCCGCGGACGGCGAGCCCGACGCCUCGGGGACCGGCCAGCUCCGGCCAGCCUCCUCCGCCGCGCACUUCGCGUAUGACCCGGCCACCGCCGCCGCCCGACAGGAGCUUGACCAGACUCCCUUUCACAGCCACCCCACCAACCACCUGGAGUUCGGGGACCAUAAUGCCGCCCUCGGGGGCGGCUACGAUGUGGACCUCGACCAUGCCGAUGGCUUCGAUGACAUCGGCUUCGAGCUGUCAACCAACUACAAUGCCGAGAUCAUGGGCUCGGCCGUGGAGCUGACCAGCUUCGACGCGGUCGGCCCCGGCGGCAGCGGCGGCCCCGUCCGCAGCCCCACCUCUUCUCCGAACGGGGCCAAUGCCUUCCGUGGAUCGGGGCACAGUGGAACUGGCAAUUACGGCCACCCGGGCGGUACGCUCCCCUCGCCGAUGGUCCAUGUCGGUGUCCAUGCGAGCAGUCAGGCCGCCCCCUCAGGCGAGGCCUCGGCAGGCCCUUCCUUAGUGUCUGGGAGACCGAGAGUUCGUUUCGGGGAGCCGAGCCCCGGGCCGGUGCCCGUCAUCCGAUGUCCGGUGGCCCCGGCCCCCACCAUGUUACCUGAUCUUCUCCGGCCCUACCGGCCCGGCGCCUUGUCAAUACCCCCGUCUGGAGGGGUGACUGGUCCCGGGCCCGGCGUCAUGAUGGCGGACGCCGGCCGGGUCCAUCGAUUCAAUGGGGGCUCCCCUUCCGGCGCAUUCGCCGGGGCCGCUGGUCCUGCCAGGCCCCCUGGCGGCCAUCCUCCUGGUGAUGGAUCGCCCGGCGAGUCAUGGCCCAUGUCCAACCUGGCCGAUGGCGACUCGGAGGCCGGGUUGAAGCCCAGCCAAGAGCCCACUUUCGACUCGGUGGUCACAAUCCUAGAUGCUGCUCCCUUCUGGACCAAGCCGCUGCUGCUGCUCGGCGCCUCAAACGGCCCCUUCGUGCAGCGCCCUCCGGUUGGAGCACGCAACCAUUCCAACAAUGCCGCCCUCUCACCGACGGGCUAUGCCCCGGUGCGUGAUGGCCCGGGCGGCGAGCCGCCCGGCCGCAGGCGUCAAACGGCCUCGGGCUUCGUCUUGCGCGUGUGGCACAUCGCUGCCGUGGUCGGCUUGGCUCUGUUCAUCACGGCCAUGGCGGUGGCUUCGCGCGGCCCGAGCACCCCCCGGCCCGGUCCCGACAACAGCGGCUCCGGCCCGAGCGAGGGCCUCAACCCCGACCAGUAUUGGGCCAAGCCUCGCCUGCCGGAGGCGGUGUCCUCCGAGCACUAUGCCCUUGACCUGUACACGGACUUCGAGUCGCUGCGCUUCGGUGGCCGUGUGUCCAUCGAUCUGGAGGUUAAAGAGGAGGUGGAGUUCCUGGUGAUCAACGCCGCUCCCUCCCUGACCACUUCAUUUGUAUCGCUAAAUGCACGCGCCGGAGCUGAGGCCCAGCGGAUGGCCGCUCGCGAUGUGCCCAGCUUCACCAAGGACCAAGUGACGAUCAUUCAAAGCAAGGAGCGGGACCAGCUGGUCAUCCUCCUCCAGUCGGCCACCGGUCCGGCUGCCAGCCUCCCGGCCGGGGCAUACACCCUUGUCAUGGACUUCAUGGCUCCCCUGGCCGACGAUAUGGCCGGAUACUAUCGCAGCGGGUAUCACCCCUUCGGCGGUGCCGGUGGCGGCGAUGGCGGCAGCGCCAACACCAACGACAUCUCCUCCGACAGUCGGCCCGAGCAGGAGUGGCUGGCGGUCACGCAGUUUGAGCCGACCGACGCGCGCAAGGCCUUCCCCUGCCUCGAUGAGCCGGCGCACAAGGCAGCCUUCUCCGUGCGGCUGAUCAAUGUGCCUGGCACGCAUGUCGGCCUGAGCAACAUGCCAGUCGACCGGGAGGAGCCCGCGUCGACCGGGAACCUGCUCCCGGGGUUCUCCUUCGCCGGGGAACUUCCCGGGCUCGCGUCUCCCGAGCCGGAUGCCCGUACCCUGGUCUUUGGCCAGUCUCCCCGGAUGAGCACCUACCUGAUGGCCUUCGCCGUGGGGCGCCUCGACUGCGAGGAGCGCCAGCUGGCGGACCUCGGCCCGGCCGGGGGCCCGCUCGUGGUGCGGGUGUGCUCGCGGCCGAUCGGCCCCGCUGGGCCGGCCUUCCGCGCUCCGGUCCUCGACACGGCCGAGCACAUCAUCCCCCAGUUGACUCGGCUCUUUGGCCAGCGGUACCACCUGCCGAAGUUGGACAUCCUGGCCGUGCCGGACUUCUCGGCCGGCGCCAUGGAGAACUGGGGCCUGAUGACCUUCCGCGAGGCGUAUAUCCUGGUGGACCCGGUCCGGGCCACGGUGGCCCAGCGCCAGCGCGCGGCCGAGGUUUUGGCCCACGAGAUCGUGCACCAGUGGUUCGGCAAUUUGGCCACUCCUGCUUGGUGGGGCGACCUGUGGCUGAGUGAGAGCCCGGCGACCUUCUUCUCGGCGUGGAGCUUCGGCGCUGCCGGGACCACCCCGGCCCCUGGCUGGCUGCUGGACGGCUCGGACGCUGGGUUGUAUGCAGCGCACGCGUGGCCAGCUCUGGAGGCCGAUGCCCGGCCAUCCACUCGGGCCAUGGCCGCGCCCAAGACCGCGACUACUCCGGAAAUCCAGCAGUUGUUUGACAGUAUCACCUACGAGAAGGGGGCCACUGUCCUUCGGAUGCUGCAGGUCACCAUGGAUGCCCUGCUUGAUGACGAUUCCCGCGAGGAACAGGGUGAGACGAUUCACCGUCGACGUGUGACUCGCCGUCGUCGUGCGCUUGAUGAGGUUUCGGAUGGGGUGGAGAUUUCGGCCUCUGGCUCGGCUCCGGCCUCUGGCUCGGCUCCGGCUUCUGGUUCCGCUCCGGCUUCUGGCUCGGCUCCGGCUUCUGACUCGGCUCCGGCUUCUGGCUCGGCUCCGGCUUCCGGCUCGGCUCCGGCUUCUGGCUCGGCUCCGGCCUCCGAUUCAGGGUCUGCCUCUGCCUCUGCCUCCGCUUCCGCUUCCGCUUCGACCUCCGCCUCAGCUCCAUCCACUUCCGGCUCAUCCUCGGCCUCCACCUCGGCUCCUGCCUCAAGCUCUAGCUCGGCUUCCUCCUCGGCGUCGGCCUCCUCCUCGGCCUCCUCCUCGGCCUCCUCUUCGUCGUCUUCUUCCUCUUCAACUUCAGCCUCCUCCUCCUCAACUUCGUCCUCAGCCUCUGCGUCAUCCCACGAUGAGGAGUCCUCCCACUCUUCGUCUCAUGAUGGCUCUUCGUCUCAUGAUGACUCUUCGUCUCUUGACGACUCCAGCGAUGACAGCGACGACAGCGGCGACGACUCGAAUGCCCUCCCUCCUCUCCCGGGCACCGAGGACACCCCCUUCGUGAGUGGCAUUCGCCGGUACUUGGCGGACUUCGCCUUUGGCAAUGCUUCCGGCGCGGACUUCAUCGCGGCCAUGACCGCCGAUGCGGGCAUCCAUGCACCGGUCCUCAGCUCCCUACUUCAGUCGUGGACCCAGCAGGCGGGCUUCCCCCUGUUGACGGUUUCCCGCGCCUCUGACUCCAGUGGCACUUGGAAUGUUCAGCAAGAGCGCUUCUUCUCCCCGAAGCCGGAGCAGCCCGGGAAGGCCCCCACCGAGCCGGCUUCCCUCUGGCCCAUCCCGAUGACCGUGUAUGCGGCCGCGACUGGGGCCCCUGCCGGCACGCCGGUCCACAAGUCCGAUCUCUUCUUCCUGCCGGCCGACAGCGCCCCGGUCAACCUCAGCGAAGUGGCAGCCUCUUCCGCCACCGGGUCGCCGCCGUUGCCCGCCCAGGGCGCCGAGUGGUUUGUGCUGAAUGGCCGCCGUGCGGCGCCGGUGCGCGUGCACUACGCCGAGCCGGGGUUCCUCCAGCGCAUCGGCGCGGCCCUGGCUGCGUCCAGCCCGCAGGGCGUGGAUUUGCUGCCGGCCGUCGACCGGGCCGGGCUGGUGUCCGAUGGCAUGGCUCUGCUGUUGGCCGAGGUGGCUGACCCGGUCGAGGUGCUGGAUUUCCUGGACACCUAUGCCUGCCAUGAGGGGGCCCUGGAGCCGGUGGAGCAGCUCCUCAGCUACCUGGCGCGGCUGCGGGAUGGCUUUUCGCCGGAGGCCCACCCGGCCGCGGAUGAUGCGAUGCGCGCCUUCCAGACAUCGCUCGUUCGUGCGCUGCUGGAGCGCCAUCAAUUUGUCGCGCGCCUGGAGGCCGAUGUCCGGGCACUGGCCGAGCGACUGGACGCCGGGGCCGAUGAGGGGAUCUUCUCGGUGGCGGUGGCCGCCGACACCGGCGCCGGAUCUGGCCAGGAGACCGAUGGCCCGGCGGCGGCCGACGCCGCGCGCCAGGCCCUCCUGUAUGGCUUGGUUUUGCGCCAGGCCGUGCGCCUUGGCCUGCCCGAGGUGACCGGUCCCGCGGUUGACCUCUUUGACCUGAUGGCCGGAACGGCGGCGGCCGCUGACCCGGCGGCUUUGGCGGCCGCCGACCCGCAAAGCAUGGCCGUUGCCCUGGGUGCCGGGGCGUCUGCCUCCGAUGCCGCCGACGAUCCCCGGCUGGACUGGCUUUUCGAUCGGUUCGUCAGCCCGCGGACUCUGCCGAUCGAGCAGGAUCUCCUGCUCGAUGCCCUGGUCAUGGUCCGCAGCCAGGGGCAGAUCCAGCGGGUGCUGGAUUUCGCGGUGUCCGGCCGCGUUCGCGACCAGGACUCCUGGCGCAUGGUGGCUCGCCUGGCGCGCGGGUCGCGCCUGGCCGGCACCGAGUGCUGGCGCCAUUGGCUGGACCAGCGGGACUACUACACCCGUGGGUCGGGGCUUGGCGGUGUCGGGUCUCUGGUGCACAAUAUCCUGGUGUCCCUGCCUCCGACCGAGGCCAGCCUCGAGGAGGCCACCCAGCACUUUGCUCAGCAGCCGGUUCCGGGGGCGGAUGCCUCGGUGGCCGCCGCGCUGGAGGCCCUCCGCCAGCGGGUGGCCUGGGCUGCCGGCUCAACGGCCGACCGGGCUGCCGAGUGGCUCGCCCGUGUGGCCGUUGUCGCCAGCGAGCCGGACCUCGAGGGAAUCGCCGACAUGGGGAUCUACUCGCCGGCGGCCGCACGGCGCACUGUCCCUGCCACUGAGGGCGGCGGCCAUGGCCAACGCCUGGACUCGACUCUUGGGCCGUGGCUGGCGUGCCUUGAGCGCCCGGCCGUGGUGGCCGGCUUUUGAGGAAGGCUCUCGGCCGCGGGCCAGGCGGAGGAGGGG